AUGGCGGUUAAUCAAGCGAAAAUUGCUCGCAGUCAACUUAAACUAAGGAAAGGAAACAUUCCAAGGCCGAGAACGGAAGGUGCUGGCAACAGGCAAUUUGAGGUGGGAUCUAAUGAUGAUCAGUGUUUGUCUAAUGGAACUGGUUUCAGCACAUACGCAACUUCAAAAAAUUUUAGAGUUCUUAGCACCACAUCUAGUAUUUAUGCAAGCAUAAGAUCAGGGAACCGUAGGAAAGACACUGGCGCUCAACAAAAACCAGAUAUUCAUGACAUCGGUGCUCAAUACCCACCGAAACCGUUAUCUAUUAUGACGACAGACACGGGUAUAUCUUUGGAUGGAUACCCUGCAAACAACUGCAUUGGAUACAAGACACAACUCUGUCAAACAGAAAGUGAGUUCAAGGCCCAGAAACUCAACAGGACAGAGGAAUGUAAAUUAGAAAAUUACAAAUCACGCGUGCAAAGAGAACAACGAUCACGCGAAAAACAGUGGACACAAUCAACGCACUCGUUCAGAGCAAAAUCUGCGAGAGUGUUUGACAGAUUAACUCCGAAAUCCAACCCAGCAAGGGAUGUAGCAUAUGAGAAACCUAAAAACCAGAGACCAAAAUCAUCUCCGGCUUAUGUUUCUUUUUUCCAAAAGCGACCAAAAGAUCCGAAGGAAGAAGGGGAGGACGAAGCACGGCGUCGGAGGGAGAGAACGUGCAGUACGUGUGAGUAUAUGAAGAAGCUUAUACAGAUGUACGAGGAUCAUAUUGGAGAACUAGAGUCAGAGGAUGGUGCCCCGUACCCCGGUGAUCACAGUCGGUAUUCCUUCUCUGAUCGACAAGUAAAGACAUUUAUGCAUCUCUUAGAGACCGAGUACUGUUCUGAAAUUCCGAAAAUGAGAGAGUUAUUACAUAGCGGUGGAACGGACGGGGAUAAAUCUACUACAGCAAGUAACGGGUUUCUAUGCAGCGCCCAUGACAACGGGAUACAGAGCAGAAUCAGUCGAUUUUGUCGUUCGCAGGAAUCGUUCAAUAAAAAACACCCCUUACCAGAGUAUAUUAAAAAGGGAUUGGAAAAUGUGAGAAUAUCACAAGCAAUGUUAGCGAAACAACAGCACGUCGAAAAUAGAAGGGCGAUUAUAAUACAGGAGGCUAGACGUAAACUAGGCAUCAUCAGGCUGUAA